GUGCUUUAGUCGGCUGGCGUAACUGCUUCAAAUCGGACCGUCUGACAUAAAACGGAUAUUUCGUCGGUACAACCAUUCAGUACAACGCGUCGUGUCCCAGCACAGAUUUUAGUGCAGUCGGUAGUGAAAGCGCUCGAAUGAACUGCCUUAUUGGUGGAUUCAUAUGGUAAAUGUGACAAACUUGAACUUCAAAAGUGUAGAGAACAGCUGUUCGCUUGUCGCUUUCAGCUAACUUUAGUGGAAAAACCAGUUUUUGAAUUUUUCAACUCGGACUACGGCGAUAGUGACCGUACCCACUCCGAACACAACAGUAUGACCGAACAUAAUCCCGCCAAAUCAGAGGAACUGGAAUCUCUGACCACGAAAAAUGGUAAAACAGCGCAAAUUGUUUCAGGUCUUAAUAGACCCACAGAAAAAGUACCGCUGGGCGAACAGAGUCGUGCAGUACGACGUCAAGAAUUAAUGGUACUACUUGGUAAUAUUGGAUUACUCUCUACCGGAAUGGCGCUGAGUUUGCCAACAGUCACUUUGCGACAGCUGAUGGACCCCAAUGAGGCUGUUCAUCUCAGCGAGUCGCAGGCUUCAUGGUUCGCUUCCAUCAACACACUUUCAUGCCCACUCGGUGGUCUACUCUCUGGAUUUUUACUGGAUAAAAUGGGUCGCAAAAACACACUCUAUGUGUUGAAUGGCAUCGCGCUCGCUUCAUGGGCUCUGAUGGCUUUAGCGGUGGAAAGUAAUGCCGAUACUGUUUUUAUACAGCUGAUGGUGUCGCGAUUUUGUAUAGGUAUUGCUAUGGGAAUCGCCAGCGCACCAGUCGGUGUCUACUCCGCCGAAAUAAGCUUACCGCGCAUACGUGGACGACUCAUUCUUGGCACAUCGGUAUCAAUUGCUGCGGGUAUUCUAGUGAUGUAUAUAAUGGGAUAUUUCAUUCGCAAUGACUGGCAGUUAAUUUCAAUGAUUUGCUGUGCCUAUCAAAUAGUAGCGAUGCUUUGCGUUAUUCCAAUGCCCGAAUCGCCCAGUUGGCUAGUGUCUAAGGGGCGUUUUGAGGAAGCGAAGAGAGCGCUCAAUUAUUUUCGAGGCUUGGAAAAAACAGACGAAAUCACUCAUCCGGAAGUGGUUGCCGAAUAUAACUUACUGCAGAAAUCUAUCCAAUUGGGUGAAGGUGUAAAGAAACCGCCAUUUUUGAAGAGCAUACGCGAACCAGAGGUCUACAAGCCACUUCUAAUACUCAUGGGCCUCUUCGCAUUCCAACAGUUAACAGGCAUCUUUGUUGUUGUCGUUUACGCUGUGCAAAUCUCACAAGAGGCUGGCGUCAAUAUAGACCCAUUUAUGUGCGCUAUCUUGAUCGGCGUUGGACGAGUCGCAACCACAGUUCUUCUUGGAAUCAUUUUGGAGAAAUGGGGACGUCGUCGUUCGGGUAUUGUAUCGGCGCUUGGUAUGUGCAUAUGCAUGUUCCUAUUGGCCGGCUAUAACUGGUGUUCAUGGCUACAACUAAUACCAUAUUUGCCGGUCAUUGCAAUUAUUUCCUUCAUUAUCUUAAGCACAUUCGGGCUCUACACGUUACCAUUCUUCAUGAUAUCGGAGCUCUUUCCGCAGAAAGUGCGCGGAGCAGCUUCGGGCCUGACAGUGGCGGUGGGCAUGUGCUUCGCCUUCAUCUGCAUUAAAACAUAUCCGGCGAUGAAGAAUGCAUUAGAUAAAGACUACUGUUUCGUUAUUUACGGUAUAAUGGCAUUCAUAGCGGCAGUUUAUGUAUACGCCGUGCUGCCAGAGACACGUGGACGAACACUGCUCGCUAUUGAAGACCAGUUCCGUACUGGCGUUAAAUCUCAGCGUUAUCAAGCCGCUCCAGUAGAAAUGCAGGAAGUGUCCGUGAAAUGAGCCAAUCGAGUGCAGAGAAAGUGCUUUAAUUAAUUACUUGUUCUUUGUUUAAUUUAAGGAAGUGAAAGUAAUUGUUAAUGAAAGCUUUUGUAUUGAGUUGUUGCGCUUUACAAAUUAUCUCUAUAAGUAGCUUAACAGUUAACUGAAACCAAUUUGAAUUUAAUAUUCGACGCAAACAAAAAGAAAAAACUUUCGAAAAGAAUAAAAUUUACAUAUGUAAAACUUAAA